UAUAUUGGAGAUACGUCACAUACCUGAAGCAUUGCCAUACUUUGUUACACCUAAAGCUAUUGAUGAAAAUUCAACUCUUUUACAACAAUUGCCACACUGGGCUGCUUGUUCAAUUACCCAGGCGCUAGAGUUCCUCACACCAGCAUACAAGGGUCAUCCACGCGUCAUGGCUUAUGUUCUAAGGGUGUUGGAGUCUUAUCCUCCUCAAAGAGUAACUUUCUUCAUGCCCCAAUUGGUGCAGGCUCUGAGAUAUGAUGGCGAGAAAUUAGUAGAAAGAUACUUGCUCCGAGCUACUCAAAGGAGUCACAUAUUUGCCCAUAUUCUAAUAUGGAAUCUGCAGGGCGAGACUUGUGAGCUGGAGUCGGGGAAAGAUUCUUCUGCAAUGGUAGAUAAAUUCAACUGAUACCUCUUGAUAUUA